UAAACCCCGCGAAAGUAUUUUAUUACAGUGUUGUAGGAGACGCUGUAUCAUGACUGGAGUAACCACUUCAACUGCAUUUCUCAAAGAUGUUGUGGCGUAUGUAGAUGUGUGGUCUGCAAGUAGGAGGGAAGAUUACUCUGAUCCAUUCAUUGAGCAGCUUCAGGACAUGGGUGCACAGGUAUCUAAGACGCUUAACAAACAAGUGACCCAUGUGAUCUUUAAACAUGGACGCCCAUCCACAUGGAAGAAGGCCCAGAAGAUUGGUGUGAAGGUCGUUUCUGUCCACUGGGUAGCAAGAUGCAAAGAGACUAAUCAGCAUGUAAAUGAAGACCUCUUUCCUGCACAGAAUGAAGAAUCAAAACAACAUCUAAACAAAAGAACACACUGUUGCAUGCAACCAAGGGAUAUCCCUAUAAAGACUCCUGAGAAUGACAGACGGCUGAAAAGAAAAAUUGACAAGAUGAUGGAAAGCCUGGUGCCCUCAUCCCCUGUCGUUUCGGACACCUCACCAUUUAUCAUUGAUGAGGAACGUGGAAUAGUGUACAGCCCCUCUUUAAAACGCUCGGACAGCAUGGCUCAACGAUUGAAAGAAAUGAAAGCUGGACGCGAACAUCUCUCACCCACUGCCUCACAGAAGCAGGACAUUGGCUCAGAGCAUGAUCCAUCUCCUCCAGCAUCGACGGCUCUGUCUUUCUUGCAGCAGCUAGAGGAAGAACCAUUGGAUCCUUUUUCUGUCUCUCACUGUCAUGCCUUGAAGAAAAGAGGUGAGCGACAGAAGCUGAAAUGCAUUAAAAAGUCCAUUGUAAAAAUAUCAAGAAAGCAAGUAAACCACAAGCCUCCUGAAUCAGACGCGUGUAAUCGUGUCAGUGUUGAGAAGAACAUUGAAAAUCCACUAUCUUCAAAAUCAGAGCUGGGUUUAUUGAGCAAAACCAGAGGAUCUAAGCAGACCACUCUCAAGAACUUCAGUCAUGAAGCGUGUUCUGAGAGGGAAGAAAGCUCGAAUCUCAAACCUGAAACUAAAAACACUGGAAUAUCCACAGAGUUAUACGCCAGCUCCGAAAAACCUAAAAGUUUCCCGCCCAAAAGCUUUACAAAAACAAUUCGCAGAAAAAGUGUACAUAACUGCAAAGAACUGCUGACCAACUCCAAAUGUUUGUAUUCCAGCAAGUCGUCUUCAGAAAAUGAGCAUAUCAUUCAAAAUGAUGAAUCUAUGAUUGAUAAGCCUAUGCAGAAACGUCAACGUCGAACAUCUGCUGGACUGCAUUCAGCCUCGGUUUGUGCUCUUCCUACUAGAGAGAUUGCGGAUGGUGAGUUGUUUGAAGACUUCUUCUCGCCAGCAAACAAUGCCUCUAAAAGGAGGGUGGUUUUAUUUGAUUUGACUUCAGACGCAAUGCCCACUUUUGACCUAGAGGACUCAAACAAGAAGGGCAGGAGAAAGUCUCAUAAAAAGCAAAAACUUAAUAUCGAGGACUUACCGGUUGCCUCAUCGGACUCUGUGAAUACAAUGGAGGAAUCAGUUCUUGAUACGCGUGAAUCAACAUCUGAGUGUGUGGCUGUAGUUGUAGGGAAAGAAAAUAAAAGCACGACAGAUGGGAUUGAGAGAAGUUCUGAAAUGUGUAGCAAAGUGGAGAAUAUGAAAAAGGACAAAUGCUUGAAGAAAAGCAGAACCUUGGUAAUGACAAGCAUGCCUACUGAAAAACAGGAGGUAGUCUUCAAGGUGAUCAGAAAUCUGGGUGGUUUUACAGUGGUGGAUGAUGUGUGUGAGAGCACCUCUCAUGUGGUGUCCGGCAGCCCACGGCGGACUGUUAAUAUCUUGUUGGGCAUCGCACGUGGUUGCUGGAUCCUCUCCUUUGAAUGGAUCUUGUGGUGUUUAGAGCACCAGCAAUGGGUUUCUGAAGAGCCUUUUGAGCUGUCUGAACAUUUUCCAGCUGCACCUAUAUGCCGUCUGCAGCAACAUCUUUCUGCUGGGGAAUAUCAGCAGGACCUGUUCCAUAAUCAGCUGCCCAUGUUUGUAUCCCCAUACUCCCAGCCCCCCUGUGGCAGACUAAAAGAACUCAUUAAGCUGUGUGGAGGAACUGUGUGCCGAAGUGUACGGCAGGCUGGAAUUUGUAUUGGAGGGUAUAAUGGCAAGAAACCAGAGGGGAGCUGCAGUCUUUCAGAACAGUGGAUUUUAGAUUGUGUCACACAUCUCAUACUGCUCCCAUACAAAAAUUAUGUCUUGGAAUGAAGAUCCAGGAACAUGGAGAAUGUGGAGAAUCUUUGGAAUUCGUCUAUUGAAGUUGUUGAUUUUGUAGAUGAGAUGUAACUUUCUUUUUUCCUUUGUAGCUAAUUGUUAUUAAAUAUUCUUAUUAUAUGUGUCUUGAAAGUGAAGUGUUUUGUCCAACAUAGGCUCAUUGUGAAAGCG